AUGCAGGUCAGUAGUUCUGCAGUAAUCCGCCAAUUUCGUACCGGAAUAAGCACGCCAUUUCGCGACCGUCCAGAGAAGCGUCGCGAACGCCUCCCCCCACCGUCGCCCAUGGUUCCACCCACCGUCGCCCACGCUUCCCCCCACCGUCGCACACGCUUCCCCCCACCGUCGCCCACGCUUCCUCCCACCGUCACCCACGCUUCCCCCCACCAUCGCCCACGCUUCCCCCCACCGUCGCCCACGCUUCCCCACACCGCCCACGCUUCCUCCCACCGUCGCCCACGCUUCCUCCUACCUUCAUCCACGCUACCCCCCACCGUCGCCCACGCUUCCCCCCACCGUCACCAAGUCGUCCCCCCACCGUCGCCCACGCUUCCCACCACCGUCGCCAAGUCGUCCCACCACCGUCGCCCACGCUUCCCACCACCGUCGCCCACGCUUCCCCUCCCAUCGUCCGCCCUGUCGCCUGGAAAUUUCCCUCCCCGCCGAGGUCUCUUCCCUCCCACCUCUCUCCACGUCGUCAUCACUCCCCUGCCUGCCACGUUCCCCCUCUUCAUCACCAUCGCUUCUCCACCUGCGCCGCCCACUCUCUCAUCCGUGCCUAUCGUCUUUAGGUUCGUUGUUGCUUCCCUUCCCAUUGCCGCAUUUGGUCGCUCUCGCACUCCCCAUUGCCACCUUCUCUACUCCUACCACCCCACCCUUGCAACCUCCUUUCCUUCUCUCUCAUUCUCCCUCCCUCCCUGCCUCUCACCCACCCUGGCCGCGGACGUAUGGCGGGCCGGUCUCGAGCGCUGGGGAUGGGGUCGUGACUCGUUCGCGGUGGGAUGUGCUGCUGCGGCUUUGGAGCAGAGCGCAGGGCGCAUAGCCGCGGCAACGCGUGCGGUCGGGCAGCAAGGGGCGCAGAAUCCUCCUAUCCCCCGUUCCACCCUUAUACCCUGCCCUCCUGACUGGCUCUGUUCGUUCGUUCCCCCACAGUCGUCCUCCCCUCCCUUCUCCGUUGGGAAGGCACCGCUGCAGGUGGACGGAGUGACGUCGCACGUGACGCGGGAAUGGGUGGGCUACCCGCAUGCGAUGUGCAUGGAUAUGCCCAGCACGUCCGCGUUCCACUCAUCCUUCCUUCAUCUCAUCAUCCCUUCCUCUCAUCCUCCUCUCCUCUUAUCCUCCCUCCCUCUCAUCCUCCCUUCCUCUAAUCCUCUCUUUCUCUCAUCCUCCCUUCCUCUCAUCCUCCUUUCCUCUCACCCUCUCUUCCUCUCCUCCUCCCUUCCCUUCUUCCGCCCUUCCUCUCAUCCUUCCUCUCAUCCGCCCUUCCUCUCAUCCUUCCUUCCUCUCAUCCACCCUUCCUCUCGUCCUCCCUCCCCCUCAUCCGCCCUUCCUCUCGUCCUCCCUUCCUCUCGUCCUUCCCCCCCCUCAUCCGCCCUUCCUCUCGUCCUUCCCCCCCCUCAUCCGCCCUUCCUCUCAUCCGUCCUUCCUCUCAUCCGCCCUUCCUCUCAUCCGCCCUUCCUCUCAUCCGCCCUUCCUCUCAUCCUCCCUUUCUCUCAUCCUCCCUUCCUCUCAUCCUCCCUUUCUCUCAUCCUCCCUUCCUCUCAUCCUCCCUUUCUCUCAUCCUCCCUUCCUCUCAUCCUCCCUUCCUCUCAUCCUCCCUUUCUCUCAUCCUCCCUUUCUCUCAUCCUCCCUUCCUCGCAUCCUCCCUUCCUCUCAUCCUCCCUAACUCUCAUCCUCCCUUCCUCUCAUCCUCCCUUCCUCUCAUCCUCCCUUCCUCUCAUCCUCCCUUCCUCUCAUCCUCCCUUCCUCUCAUCCUCCCUUCCUCUCAUCCUCCCUUGUAUGCAGGUGCAGGUGAACCCUACCGUGCAAGAAGCCAUGUUACUACCACCGUUCUGGAACAUGCUCUGUAUAUUGUUUUGA